GAGAAGUAGUUGCCAACACAACGAGGAGCGAGAAGUGUCUGUCGCAAAGAAUAGGAGGAUAGAGGAUAGAGGAUAGGAGAGAACUUCAAAUACGUCAGCAUAAUCUCGUUACUAACGUCUGUUCAUAACCUCCUGACACUGUCCUCUCCUCCACUUGCACUCUAUCCUCAUCGCACAAACCACACUCACUAAAAUCAAUGGAGUCGAGUUUCUCUCUGAAACCCCAAGCAUUCUCCUUGACUACGCGGGCUCCGGUUUCUUGGCCUCUCUCCACUCGCCCCGUUAGUCUCCUGCGCAGUGAAUUCCUCGGCUGUGGCCACAAUCUCCGGCUGCCGCGAAGGAGAUGCAAGAAACUACGGCUGCAAUCUCAGCCUUAUUACUACAAGUUUCUCUUCAAAGCCACGCUUGAAUCGCAGCAGAUGCUUGUCGUCGUCGCUGCUUUUGCCGCGGUUUCUGCUAUCACUGUUGUGUAUUUUACUUACUCAAGAAAGCAAUUUAAUGUCAAGCAGAUGUCAGGAAGGCUAACUCUAGCAGUAUCUCAACACAUAAGAAGUAUGAUGAGCUGGAUUCUUACAGAUUCAAAUCGUGUAGAUUUAAGGAAGAUAGAAGCUGUUGAUGGGAGCAAUGAUUUUAUGAAAGAAACUAGAGAAAGCAAUCAAGCAGAUAAGGAUAUGGAGGCGGAAAUCAAGUUUAGGGAAACAGAUGUCAUUCCCAGAGGAAUCCUCAUUGCAGAGGCAUCUCAGUCUCAGUCUGACAUGGUUGCUUCAUGUGUUCAUGAUAAUUUAGCCUCCCAAACAUCUGAAAUUUUGGAAAUAUCAUCUAUGGCUUCUAUAUCCUCCAAAUACAACGUUCCCUCUUUCAUCAAAGAAGUUUCUGAACAUGAAAAUCCUAAUUCAGUUGAUUCUGAAUGGUUGGUUCCAGAAAUUCAGAUAAAUUUCGGUGCUGCGCCUCCUUCAGAAAAUCACAUACAGGAAGAAAUGGCUCAACUUGGUAGCCUAAAACUUGACGAAAUUCGUGAACAUGAAAACCCUAAUUCAGCUGAUUCUGAAUGGUCAGUCCCAGUAAUGCAGGCAAAUUUGGGCGCUGUGCCUUCUUCAGUAAAUCACAUACAGGAAGAAACAGCUCAACUUGGUAGCCUAAAACUUGACAAAAUUUGUGAACAUGAAAACCCUAAUUCAGUUGAUUCUGAAUGGUCAGUUCCAGUAAUGCAGACAAACUUGGGUGCUGCGCCUUCUUCAGCAAAUCACAUACAGGAAGAAACAGCUCAACUUGGUAGCCUAAAACUUGAACUUCUCGAAGAGGGUGAUAUGAACUACUCUAACCUUAUUUUCAGAGACUCUGAACGCGAAGAGCUGCACACAAUUAAUUUGGCCUCUUUGGAGAAGUUAGAUAAUCUGGAACCAUUGUCAUCUUAUGCUAAUCUUCAGAAGAAUGGCAACUGUUCGUCACUCUUGAACGAUUCUUUGGCUGAAGGAUCCAAUCUUACUGCACGCAAUGUUAUCUUAUCUAUAGGCAAGUUUGAAGAGGAAAGGCCCCCUGAGUAUCAGAGAAAAGGCUUUCUCUGCCAGCAGCAGGACUCGAGAAAUAGGAAAGAGUUAAGGAAGAAGGGCAAAAAUAUUUUUGGUCCAGAUAGACAUAAAAACUUGUCCUCAUCUUCUUAUCCCAAGGAAAAGAAUGACAAUGACAAGCACAAUCCUUUAUGGCAAUUGCGUGUUUACAACCAACUGUUGAGGGAAGGCAGGUUAAAUGACUGCAUAGAAUUGCUUGAAGAUUUGGAAGAAAAAGGUUUGCUGGAUAUGGAUAAGGUUUAUCAUGUGAGGUUCUUCGAUGUCUGUAAAAAUCAAAAGGCUGUUAAGGAGGCAUUCCGCUUCACUAAGCUUAUUCCAAAUCCAACCCUGAGUACAUUCAAUAUGCUUAUGUCUGUUUGUGCUAGUUCUCAAGACUCAGAAGGUGCUUUUCAAGUUCUGCAACAUGUUCAGGAGGCUGGAUUUCGUGCUGACUGCAAACUUUACACCACUUUGAUAUCAACUUGUGCUAAAAGUGGAAAAGUGGAUACAAUGUUCAAGGUUUUCCAUGACAUGGUCAAUGCCGGAGUUCAGCCAAAUGUUCACACAUACGGCGCACUGAUUGAUGGUUGUGCAAAAGCUGGGCAAGUUGCUAAGGCUUUUGGUGCCUAUGGAAUACUCAGAUCAAAGGAUGUGAAGCCAGACAGAGUAGUUUUCAAUGCGCUUAUCACUGCAUGUGGUCAAUCAGGAGCAGUGGACCGCGCAUUUGAUGUGUUAGCUGAAAUGAGGGCAGAGUUACAACCUAUAGACCCUGAUCAUGUCACUAUUGGUGCUCUGAUGAAGGCUUGUGCUAGUGCUGAUCAGGUUGACCGGGCGAGAGAGGUCUACAAUAUGAUUCAUGAGUAUGACAUCCGCGGCACUGCAGAGCUUUACACUAUUGCUGUAAAUAGCUGCAGUCAUCAUGGUGAUUGGGAGUUUGCUUGCAGUGUCUAUGAUGACAUGAUAAAAAAAGGCGUCGCUCCUGAUGAGAUGUUUAUUAGCGCAUUGAUAGAUGUUGCGGGGCACGCUGGAAAAGUGGAUGCUGCAUUUGAAAUUCUACAAGAAGCUAGGGCUAAAGGAAUGCAUGUUGGAACCAUAUCAUAUAGCUCCUUGAUGGGAGCCUGUAGCAAGGCUAGAGACUGGCAGAAGGCAGUGGAGCUGUAUGAGAGCAUUAAGAGCUUGAAUUUGAAGCCGACAGUGUCCAUGAUGAAUGCCCUGAUAACUGCGUUAUGUGAUUCGGAUCAACUGCAGAAGGCCAUGGAAGCUUUAUCUGAAAUGAAGGGCAUUGGCUUAUGCCCAAAUACCAUAACUUACUCCAUCCUAUUAGUGGCAAGUGAAAAAAAGGAUGAUCUAGAAGCUGGCCUCAUGCUUAUUUCUCAAGCAAAAAAGGAUGGUGUUAAUCCUAACCUUGUGAUGUGCCGGUGCCUCUUAGCUAUGUGCUUACGAAGAUUCCAAGCAGCUUGUACACUUGGUGAGCCUGUACUAUCUUUCACCUUUGGGCAAGUUCAGCUUAAUAGUAAAUGGACAUCUUUGGCCUUAAUGGUGUACAGGGAAACAAUUGUAGCCGGUACGGCACCUACAAAGGAUGAACUUUCUCAAGUUUUAGGCUGCCUAAAGCUCCCUCAUGAUGUAUCUGUAAGAAAUAGACUCAUUGAAAAUCUUGGACUUAAUACUGAUACAUCAAAAGGAGCAAACCUCCUUUCCUUGAUUGAUGGAUUUGGUGAAUAUGAUCCCCGUGCUUUUUCUUUACUGGAGGAGGCUGCUUCUCUUGGAGUUAUACCAUUUGUCUCUUUGAAAGAAAGCCCAAUUGUUGUUGAUGUGAGAAAUUUUCAAGUUCACACAGCUGAGGUAUACUUCUUGACGGUUCUGAAAGGUCUCAAGCAUCGCUUGGCUGCUGGUGCAAAGUUGCCCAAUGUACACAUUUUACUGCCCAUAGAAAAGGCACAAAUUCAGACAUCUGCAGGCGAGAAAAUGAUUAAUAUUGCGAGCAGGAUAAGCCAAGCAGUUGCAGCGCUGUUGAGGAGACUUGGACUAUCUUAUCAAGGAAAUGAAUCAUAUGGAAAGAUCCGAAUAAAUGGUGUUAUCAUAAGAAAGUGGUUCCAGCCAAAGCUUGGUUCUCCUUACCGUGAAAAGAAAAUAGAUCUCAGCUCAUCCAUAAGACAUCUAGGUUCAGGCAUAAGCCGUCAACAACGUAAAAUCAGAACUGUCCAUUUCUCGCUGGAAUAAGAAGUCUGAGGAAAGUCCUUGACAUGAUGGAAGCGUCUUCAAGGAAGCAGCACCAAAAUUUGAGUUAAAAGAACGAAGAUGAAAGAAAUGGAUGAGUUCUUUCUGAAAGUGUCGAUAUGUUUGGUGAAGACCCUUGAUUUGCUAUCUGUAGCUGCUCAAACUAUUAACUUGCAGAUGGUUUUCAGAUGGUCAGAGUUGGAAGUAUAUAUCACUAAGGAUUGAUUUGUCUGGUAUUUUGUGAGUCAAAAUGGGAGGGGUAGAUAACACCAGAAAUAUGAGGCGGCACCUGUUUGAUUGAUCGUAUUUGUAAUAUAUGUGAGAUAUGACAAAGUCAUGGCCAUGUUGACUGGGCGAUUCUUUUCUAUAAUGAAUCCCCAGUCAAUACUAUUUUGAUUAUGGGCCGUCGAAGUCCUCUAUUGUCUAGAUUGUUCAAAUGAAAUAAGCAUAGAAAGAGCUGAACUUGAAUGUUGUAAUUCAUCGGAAGUAGAGAUUUUUCAAAUGAAAUAAGCCUUUUGAUUUCUGAACAUU